AUGAAAAAAUUAUUGGAGAAUAAAUUAAUUAAAUAUAAUAAUACAUCAUCAAAUCAAAUGUAUAUUGGACAAUUACAACAAUUUUAUUAUGAUUUUAAGUACGUUACGGUGCUUGUACACACCGACCCCGAAAGGGGAAUAUUUAGGUAUACACUUUUUAAGCUCCCUUUCCCUAGUACACUUCAUACCCAUAAAAUUAGCUCCCUUUCCCAUACUACACUUCAUACCCAUAGAAUUAGCUCCCUUUCCCAUACUACACUUCAUACCCAUAAAAUUAGCUCCCUUUCCCAUACUACACUUCAUACCCAUAGAAUUAGCUCCCUUUCCCAUACUACACUUCAUACCCAUAGAAUUAGCUCCCUUUCCCUAUUAGUUAGUUGGUUAGUUAUAUCCCCUUACGGGGAGUACUUUAGUUACUGCUUGACCAAGCACCGUAACAUUAUAAAAAUGAGAGGAUUAUUUGAAAUACCAUUGAGAGAUGAACUUGAAAAUGAUUUAAAAGAGUUUUCAAGUUUUGAAAAGGAAUUACGUCAAAUAUUUAAUGAAAUAACAAGUUAUACAAGAAAUUUAAUUGAAGGGAAAUUAAAUUCUCAGAGAAUAAGAAUUAAUAUAGAAAAUGGAAAUUUUAGUUAUUAUGAAAUCAAACAUAAAAAAUUAAAUGAAAUUAAUGAAAUUGAAGAUUUAAUAAAUAAAUAUGAAAAAGAAUUAAAUCAAAUUAAACCAAAAUUCAAUGAACUAAUAAAUAAAUUAAAUAAUAUGAAAAUUAAUUCAGAACAAACAAUUCAAAAUUAUUUAAACAAAUAUUAA